GCAGGUCUUUAUGCAUUGUUGUGGAACAAUCCCUUUACUCAUUUCAUCACUUUUGAUGCUGGGACUGAGGUACUACUUGGAAUCUGUAAAGGCGAAAGUCUUCAUAUAGUGAGAGUUAUUGCAGAUAUACUCCAUCUCGUCCCCAUCUCCUCCAACCUUUGCGCAUGAGGUGAACGUGAAGGUCAACUUCGUCCAAGUAUUGAAUUGGCCGUUGUGCUUGAUUGAAGGCUGUGCAAUUUCUGUGGUCUCAAUUAUAUCAAACAAUCGCAUCCCAGAAACAGCGCCAACACUUCCAGAGGUCCUUGGCCUAAACCACCACGAUGUCGACGAAGCCCCCAUCGAAGUCGGUAUUCGUGGGCAACAUCCCGUAUGGCCUCACAGAAGAGCAGAUAAUAGACAUAUUCAGUAGCGCGGGCAAAGUUGUUAAUUUCAGACUGGUGUAUGAUCGCGAAACUGGUCGUCCCAAAGGCUUCGGAUUCGCAGAAUACCCAGAUUCAGACUCUGCAGCCUCGGCAGUGCGAAAUCUCAAUGAUUACGAAAUUAUGAACCGCAAGCUUCGAGUCGACUUUUCCAACGACGGCGCGGAAGACGAGACAUCUGCCCCAACAGGCUACCAACACCCUCCUCUCCCCCUGAACGGAGUGCCCGUCCCCCCUCCUGGCAUGGCUCCACCGAACGGCGCAAGCACUUUACCUCCUCUGCCCCAAGGGAUCGAUCUUCCUCCCGGGCUCACCUGCCCAGACUCGAUUUCUCGCACACUCAAUACACUUCCGCCAUCGCAACUUCUAGAUGUACUUUCCCAGAUGAAGUCUCUCGUCACGACGGACCAAGGCAAAGCCAUCGAACUUCUCCGCCAGGCCCCUCAGCUCUCCUACGCAAUAUUCCAGGCUCUACUACUCAUGGGUCUUGUCAGUACUGAUUCUCUCGCCUCUGUGGUGGACGCUGCAGGGCCACCUCCACAAGCAGCCGGGGCGCCUCCAACUCAGGCGCAGCCCCCUCAGGGGCAGUACCCAUCUGCCUCAGGACCAGGAUAUGCACCACCAAGUGGAUACCCAGCCGCAGGACAAAUGGGCACUCCACCCACUCAUGGAAUGCCAUACCCACCACUGCCACAACAAAGCUACCAACAGCAGCCACCUCCAGCAGCAGCUGGGCAGCCAGAUGCCGAUGCUUUAAUCCAGCAAGUUCUGAGCAUGCCGCAAGAGUUGAUCGAUCAGUUGGCGCCUGCAGAGAGAAACCAGCUGUUAGCUUUGAGAGCCCAGUUCAUGCCUAGGUAGUUUUUAUGGCGCAAAGCUAGGUUGAAUGAAAGCAAAUGUUCAUGGCGUCGGGCAAUUGGAACAGGGCAUGGUCUGGGGCGUUGGAUGUAUGGGUGGGUUGGGAAGAUAACAGCGUUGGCUUUUACUCAUUACUCAUUGGGAUAAAUAUU